AUGUCCAACUAUAGAAAGGUCGCUAUAUUCUGGGACUAUGAAAACUGUAGUCCUCCCUUGAACUCACAAGGACACACCAUUGUAAAUGGCAUCCAACGAAUUGCGCAUGUCUUUGGACACGUAACAUCGUUCAAAGCAUACCUCGACAUAGGCUUGCAGCCUCCCAGGUCUGUCAGGUUUCGCUCAGACCUUCAAUCCUCUGGGGUGUCCAUAACCGACUGCCCCCACAACGGUAAGAAAGAAGUCGUAGACAAGAUGAUUCUCGUGGACAUGCUUGCAUUUGCCAUCGAUAAUCCGUCACCAGCCACCAUCAUCCUGAUAGCCGGUGACAGAGAUUAUGCUUAUGCCAUUUCAACCCUCCGCCUUCGCCAGUAUAACAUCACAACCGAGGCUAAAGUGCUAAAGCAUGAGCAACAACAAUGUUUAGAGCAGUAUCAUUGGUUUGAAUAUGGAUCUAACAUAGCACAUCAUCAUAGCGGCAAGAUCCAUUACGAUAGAGAUGAUAGUCGUGUCUCUGAAUUGCAUGACCCAGUAUCAAAACAUCUGCCUAUGUAUGAUGUCUGUGGCCUAAUACGCCGCAAUGUGGAUGUGUAUCAUUUCAUGGAUUCGCAAGACCUUCUGGUACAUGCUGAGCAACAGUCAUAUUCUACACUCAAGGCAUGA